UUUAAUGAAUGCUUUUAAUCAAUAUAAAUAAAUAGCUUCCCAUGAGAGGGAUCACUGAUUUGAGAUACAAUCUUUGGGUGAGGUGUGUGGCUCCACUGUGUCUGUGUGCACAGGUAGACACAGGCCCACAGAUGCCGCAGCCAUAUUAUCGGUGCGCAUUUACUCCCAUCGCAUGUACCAUUCCUCUCACAAAUAGCUGCUUCCUGAUCAUUUGUCUUUUUAAAUAAGAAUAAGAUAUUUUGAGAUUCUUUUUUUCUCUUUAAAUAUUUGAAUACAGGUCUGUUUGAAGGACCAGUAUAUUGAAUAGCAGUAAUAGUCGAAGGACUAGUCAACUAUAAGAAGCCUUGCUUCAGAUCUUCACCCAAGAAGCUUUGUGCGUUUGCUUUUCCGGGGCCGUUCAGAUAGACAAUUGUGUUUUUGAUACAGUAAGAGUUUGCAGCUUAGCUUAACUAGAAAUAAUCCGGAUCUUAUUUUGGAAUUAGGAAGAAACAUGUUAUGAGGCAGAAAAGCCCACUCUGUUACCUACAUGAUGGCAUAGCUUUGUGCUUUUCAUGCUUUGUGGCCUUGCAAGGAGGUACAGUGUAGGUGGUUAGGCGUUGUUUCCUGGCUAAAAAUAGGAACAGCAUAUUGUGAGACAGGAGCUUAUUCUCUCACAAGCCUCUGUGCAAAUAAUGGAGGGUUAUGCAUUUGCUGCAGGUAGUACUUAAGCUCCAAGAACUUACGACACACAUGCUUGAGUGGAUCAUGGGUGAGCUGGAGAACCUGAAGUAGCAAAGGCAAGAAGGCAACAGCAUUCCAUCUGUGGAAGGACCUACCCACCAGAUGAGUUUUGAUCAUCCUGAGAAAAAUGGGCCUUGGCCUCCAGACCCAAUAAAUCUUCCCUCCCAUGGAGAACAGUGCUAAUUCCUGAGGACCUGAAGGGCCUGUGGCCCCUGGGGGAUUAACCAGAAGCAGUUGGCUGCAUGUCUGCUAUCUUACCUAGAUGUCCUAGCCUCUGUCAUGAGGAGUCCAACAUCUCAGCCCUUAGAGAGAUGCGUCACAAAUCUAUGGCAUCAUCUAGAACGAGAAGUCUUUUUCUGGCUAUUUUGAAGGCUUGUUUUCCUGCUCAGAACAAAGUGGCUUCCCUGAACACAUCUUCAUUAUGAUUCACACCAACUUGAAGAAGAAGUUCAGCUGCUGUGUCCUGGUCUUUAUUCUGUUUGCAGUCAUCUGUGUGUGGAAGGAAAAGAAGAAAGGGAGUUACUAUGAUUCCUUUAAAUUGCAAACCAAGGAAUUCCAGGUGUUGAAGAGUCUGGGGAAAUUGGCCAUGGGGUCUGAUUCCCAGUCUGUAUCCUCAAGCAGCACCCAGGACCCCCACAGGGGCCGCCAGGCCCUCGGCAGUCUCAGUGACAUAGCCAAGGCCAAACCAGAGGCCUUCUUCCAGGUGUGGAACAAGGACAGCUCUUCCAAAAACCUUAUCCCUAGGCUGCAAAAGAUCUGGAAGAAUUACCUAAGCAUGAACAAGUACAAAGUGUCCUACAAGGGGCCAGGACCAGGCAUCAAGUUCAGUGCAGAGGCCCUGCGCUGCCACCUCCGGGACCACGUGAAUGUAUCCAUGGUAGAGGCCACAGAUUUUCCCUUCAAUACCUCUGAAUGGGAGGGUUAUCUGCCCAAAGACAGUAUUAGGACCAAGGCUGGGCCUUGGGGCAGGUGUGCUGUUGUGUCGUCAGCGGGAUCUCUGAAGUCCUCUCAACUAGGCAGAGAAAUCGAUGAUCAUGACGCAGUCCUGAGGUUUAAUGGAGCACCCACAGCCAACUUCCAGCAAGAUGUGGGCACAAAAACUACCAUUCGCCUGAUGAACUCUCAGUUGGUUACCACCGAGAAGCGCUUCCUCAAAGACAGUUUGUACAAUGAAGGAAUCCUAAUUGUAUGGGACCCAUCUGUAUACCAUUCAGAUAUCGCAAAGUGGUACCAGAAUCCGGAUUAUAAUUUCUUUAAUAACUACAAGAGUUAUCGUAAGCUGCACCCCAAUCAGCCCUUUUACAUCCUCAAGCCCCAGAUGCCUUGGGAGCUGUGGGACAUUCUUCAAGAAAUCUCCCCAGAAGAGAUUCAGCCAAACCCCCCAUCCUCUGGGAUGCUUGGUAUCAUCAUCAUGAUGACCCUGUGUGACCAGGUGGAUAUUUAUGAGUUCCUCCCAUCCAAGCGCAAGACCGACGUGUGCUACUACUACCAGAAGUUCUUCGAUAGUGCCUGCACGAUGGGCGCCUACCACCCACUGCUCUAUGAGAAGAAUUUGGUGAAGCAUCUCAACCAGGGCACAGAUGAGGACAUCUACCUGCUUGGAAAAGCCACACUGCCUGGCUUCCGGACCAUUCACUGCUAAGCACAGGCUCUUCACUCUUCUCCAUCAGGCAUUAAAUGGAUGGUCUCUUGGCCACCCCAGCCUGGGAAGAACAUUUUCCUGAGCAAUUCCAGCCUGUUCCUUUUACUCUAGGGGCCUCUGUCAGCAAGAACACUGGGGCUUCAGGAGCCUGUGGUCAAGAAAUCAGGUCCAGCCUUCUCUGUAGCCAGGCAGUUUAUGACCCCAGAGCUUCCCGCCACACACAUGCGCACAUGUCUAGCAUUCUUUCCAGACAGCAUCCUCCCCACCUUCCACCGUGGUAGAUGCAAGAUCUGCCUCCCCCAUCAGGGCUGCCAAAGCUGGGCUUUGUUUUUCCCAACAGAAUGAUGCCAUUCUCACAAACCAAAGCUCUAUAUGGCUUGAAGUCUGCAUCUAAAUAUUGAUUUCAUGUUUUAAAGAAAUUCUCCCAAAUUACAAUUGUGCCCAAUGGAGGGUGGUUCUGGGGGCAAGUAGGUGGUACAGGGGAUUGGAAACAUGCUCCGCGCAUCCAGAAAAAGGUUGCUCCCGAGGUCCAUGCCCCUGGAACAUGUUCCUAUCACUCUGGCUGGUUAGGCUGGCCCUUAGCCUGGGUGCUUGUGAGCAAAGGGUCUUGGUUAGCCCACUCUCCCUCUCCAUGUGGAGAUGGAAGGUAGAGAAGGAUACAGUGUGUGUCCUCAGGUUGCUACAGUUCGGUGAGAGAGGCAGACAUCUGAACAGGCAAAUAGGAUUCAAUGUGCUCAGUGCACUGGGGGUUUUUAGAGAGAUGGCCUUGCUCUCUGUGCACGCAGGAGGGCCACGCACUGAAACUGUGUUUGUGGAUCAGACAAGGCUUUAUAGCACAGCGGGCACUCAGAUGAGACUUAGAGGAAGAGAAGAAACAUGGCAAGCAGAUUACAUCUGAGCCAUUUGAGUUGCAUUUUUCUUUCUUCCCAUACUUUCUUUCUAAGAUCUACCUGAACUUAAAGACCCAAGAUAUUUUUUUAGGAAACCUCCUACCCAUGUCUGAGGUAGCAAGUGCAGCCUCGUGACACAUACGAGGCAUUGCAGAUCCCCAAAACCUGAUAUCUCCAGGCUCUGCCUGGCCUGACGCUAUCCUGUCAGCUGGGUUUGCAUACCCACAGUCCCAUUCUUCCUUUUCAAUACCUACCCCCAAAUCUCCUCCUAACCACCAUCUGUUUUUUUUUUUUUUCCUUUUCAAGUCAUCUUCCCCUCCCAAAUUACUUUUAAGCCUUUUUUGCUUUAAAAGCAUCCUGACCCCAAUUUCUUUGAGCAUAUGGGCAUUUUGCUGAAGGUCUCUCAAGGAGUAGUGGUGUGGCUCUCUGGUCUUACGUCACUCUCAGAGGUCAGAACCUUGGAGAUCAGAACUGAUUCUCACCAGGUGUGAGAGGUGUGAUAGCAGAUUGCAAUGCCCUGCGCCUCUUCCUUGCAAGUGAGCAACAUCAGGCUCCUUGAGCAGAGGCUGGCCCUCUGUGGUUCGCAAACAUGCUCUCCAGAUGGUUUUACUAAGUCCCCUCUCCCUGAUAGGGAAUCCUGCUGGACCAGCGCGGCCCUGGUGUGGAGAGAUUAAAAGACUUGCACAAGAUCACCAAGUCAUGCUGUAGAGCCAGGGUUCCUAGACUCAGGGCUCUGCACUCUCAAGGCUGGCCCCAUGUGCUCAAGGGGAUCUAACGUUUGAGCUCCAAACCAACCAUCUCGGAGCUGGGAUCCUCAUUUACUGCCAAACCCUCAGCUUAUGUAGGUAGAAAGGGCCCUGGAGUGAGAAGGCCUGGAUUUUCAAACUUAUUCCCCCCUAUGACUAGCUGUGCCACUGUGGGCAAAUGCUCUUCCUUGAGCCUCUGUUUCCACACCUGUAAAGUGGGGAUGAUGAUCCUGUCUCACAGUGCUGUUGUGAGGAUUACAGGAAAGCACCUGUCCUGGCUCUGUACCUGGCACAUAGUAGGUGCUCAGUUCAUGCUGGUUUCCUUCCUGCCUUCAGUAGGGACCUGCUCUGUGCUCACACCCCGGCUGCAUGCACCCUGCUGUGACGGAGGCUAGUGGGGAAGAGGUCCUGUUCUCAGGGAAUUAACUGUCUUAUUGGGAGACAACAAUUGCCCUCCUUGGAAUACCCAAGAAACCUUGCAAAGCAGUGGACAACACAGAACACGCCCUCCUCCUCGCUGCCUGCAGCUCCAGUCUGAUUCUGCUUGGGAAUGAGCAGAGCACGUGGGCUGCUUAACUGCUGUAUAGGACAAGCCCUUUACCCCUCUCUGGGCCCAUGAAUUCCUGGCUUGGUUUAUGUUCUGAUUUGACACACUCAUUUUAAUCUUUGAAUCAUGACCACUGAGCGCAGAGGAGGUGGCAUUCUGACAGCAGGACAUACAUGUUGGUGUGGAGACUGGGACGACACUGGGUAGAAUCUAGUUUUUAAUUAUUAUUAAUAUAAAGGAUCAAAUUAAUUUAAAUGUGAUUCUGAAGUCUACAGAACUUUUAGUUCUGUGCUGUCUAUAUGUGGACACUUUGGUAAAAUACAAAUUAUGAUAUGGAUGUUAUCGUUGGUCUGGUGAGAUGUUUCAUAUUUAUGACAGUUAAUUUAGAAAUUAUGACUUAAUGCUGCCUCUGUCUAUGGGGUUCUGUCUUCUUUGAUAGCCAUGUAUUCAUCUGGAUCACGGGGCCCUCUCUAAUCCUUCCACCAAUCAAAUAAGCUAUUGCUAUUGGUUUGGAGUUGAGACAUCAGUCUCAGAAACUUCUGAAAAAUGCCUAAGCUAAUUCUGAAUUACCCAAGGAUUAUGUCAAAUUUUAAAAUAAAUGUGUGUGUGUGUGUUUUUAA